AUGCAAAAGGCAAUGAAAAGCGCAGAAUAUAUAAAAGCUAAUAAUGACUGGUUAGAUGCCCAAGCCAACGCUAAAGCAGCCCAACUUAUAGGGUCAAUAAGGACAAAAAUACAAGCGGAUGAAGACAGUUCAAAUGAAGCUUUAAUGAAUGCUGACUUUAAGAACGCCUUCGAAGCUCUUCAUAGUAAGGUGAAACUAGUGAACGACUUCUCAUCUGGAAAGAAACUGAAGUCUGAAGGUUUCGACAAAGAGUUAAGAGAAGUAGCACAAAAUAUGACGAAAAUAACAGAUGCAGCAACGAGACAGGCAGUUCAAAGUGCCUAUGACGCCGUUAGAGCAACUGUUGUGGAAAGUCAAGAAAAAGAGUUACAACAGACCAAAACAGACCUAGUAAAUGCUUUCUUAAAAACGAAAAGUCAGGUAGGACAUUAUGCUGCAGAUGGAACAUAUGUGCCAGCUGGUGGAACUUAUAUACCAGCUGGUGGAACUUAUAUACUAGCUAGUGGAACUUAUAUACCACCAAACCCUCCAAGAGAAGCACCUGCACCAGGACUACCUAAAACAUUUACAUCGUCACAUGGACACAGACACAGGCAUGCACCAAAACCAACACAACAACCAACACAACAACCAACAGUUCAAAACACUGCACAACAACCAACAGUUCAAAACACUGCACAACAACCAACAGUUCAAAACACUGCACCACAACCAACAGUUCAAAACACUGCACAACAACCAACAGUUCAAAACACUGCACCACAACCACCACAAACAGAGCAAGGACAUAAAAGAAGUAGAGAACAAGGAAACCAAGAAUUCUUAAAAAUGCUUAAGGAAAAUUAUGGUUACCCAGAUACUCUUGACUUUAGUGACAGAUAUAAAGAAGCUAUUAGAAAGUUCAAGGAAGGAAAUACUGACCCGAACCUAUUUAGCUUUAUGGUUCAGCACCAAAUGGGAUAUAAUUUCAAACCUGGAAAAUACAAGCUCGCUAAGGGAUAUGAUUUAAUAGCAUAUCAUCCAAAUGACAUGGAUGAAUUUACUCCGAGAUAUUUGGUGUCAGAGAUAAAUGAUAAUUCAACUAUCUUCAUGAAACGCGUAAAAAAUAGAGACGGAACGAAAGAAGAAAGGGUUAUGAAUGCGGAUGGCUUAAAUAGGGAACUUGUUAAAAACGGUCUCGGAAUAUAUGAAAUGCCAGCAGAUGAGGUACAAGAAACUCCACAGGAAGAAGUUCAGAUACAACCAGACAUGGAAGAAAUAGUUCAGCAACAACAGCUAGAAGAGCCUGAAGGAAACGAACAAGUCCCUCCUUUGGAAACUAACUUCACAGAACUAGAUGAAGAUUUGGAACAGCCGAAAAAUCUUGACCCUCAACAAGAGUAUGCGGAGAAUAUGGAAUCUUUCCAAGAGUCUAAGAAAAAUUCGGCUGACAUAGUAGAAGAAUAUCGAAAAAUGUUCACCGACAUACAAAAGACUCCAACAUCAGAUGAAAAUAUUCAGCAUAGAAUGGAAGAACUGAAAGAAAGUGUACGCAAAUACAACAAUCCUUUUUACUUACGACCAUAUAACGUUCAAUCUUUGGCUGAACUCGGUGAAAAUAAAAGG